CAAUUGGCCGGAUAUAUAUGCAGGGUUUCUUUAAGAUCGAGUCCCACCUCUUCUUCUUCAUCCUGCUCGCGUUUCAUUUCCUCGCAGAGAGCGGAAGUUCAUAGAAUUGUAACAUUGUAUCACGCUGCUGUGCUUUUCUUCUUCAUGUGGUGCGGUCCGUGCUUAUUUGUGCGGUUGUGCGUGCAGGUCUGCUAGCUGAUCGAGCCCUCGUCUGGUGGUUCUUCACUGAUAAUUUAGGAGUUGGAAUUGCUGAGAAGCCUGCCUAAAAGCAUUUUAUAUGAGCGAGUACCUAAAAAAGAAAGUUUGAGCUUUUUAACUGCAUCUGGCAGUUCGUGAAUUAAGAACUAAUGUGGAGUAUGUUACAGUGACUUGACAAAUACUUAUGCAGGAUCAUCUGACAGGAAACCAUGAAGAAGUUCGGGAAAUUUUGUAGGCACUGAAGCUCACUGAUGAAAAAAAAAAAAAGAUUCUCAUCAGUUCAGAAAAAGUCCAAUGAGGCAAGCAGAGUUCAUUCUGCUGCCUGGAUUGAGUAAUGUACUGUGGAAGGUACUGGGGCCUGAGUAAUGACAUUAUAAAGAAGCAAAACUCUUCAGCGCAGUGGAUUAUUCAAGACCGUUUGUAGUAUUUGAUUUAAUUUUUCUGCAGUCAUGAGUUCCUAAUUUAAAAGGAGCAGUAUGCCUUUCACCUUAUUGGGCAUUCCACUGAAACAUGGAAAAAGGAAAAAAAGUACCAAGAACAACCAUUCAAAUAAAUGUAAUAUUUCUGAAAUAUAUUUAUAAAAAAAAAUCCAUCUUUAAUGUAGCUGUUUUUGAUUUGGUACGUUAAAUUAAGAGAUGCCUAGAAGGGGGUUACCUCUGCAAGCUCGGACCCGCUGGCUGCUUGUAGUGCUUGCGUUGCUUCUCAGCUUGCUGCUGCUGAUGUAUCUCCUGGAGUGUGCUCCCCAGACGGAUGGCAACGCUGCACUUCCUGGCUUAGCAGGAGAUGGGUAUGGAAAAGAGUACUACCAGGCUCUUCUCCAGGAGCAGGAGGAGCACCACCAGACUCGAGCUGCGAGCCUCAAAAGACAGAUCGCCCAGCUUAAGCAAGAGCUUCAAGAAAUGAGCGAGAAGGUGAAAACAUUGCAGGACAGAAAAGGUCCGGGUCUCAGUCCUGCCAGCCAUGUAGGCAACAAGGAACAAACAUCUAAUGACCUGCUCGAGUUUCUUCAUUCCCAGAUUGACAAAGCUGAAGUGGCCACAGGAGCGAAGCUGCCGAGUGAGUACUCUGUUGUUCCCUUUGAGAGUUUUACAUCCAUGAAAGUUUUCCAGUUGGAAAUGGGUCUCACACGUCACCCGGAAGAAAAGCCUGUUAGGAAAGACCGGCGGGAUGAAUUUGCAGAAGUAAUUGAAGCAGGACUUGAAGUCAUUAAUAAUCCAGAUGAAGAGGAUGAAGUGCGCGAUAAAGAUGGGAACAUUGGAAUGCAUGAGAUGUACAGUGAAAGUGACUUUGUGGAAGGAUAUUAUCGGACUGAAAGAGAUAAAGGCACCCAGUAUGAACUGUUCUUUAAGAAAGAGAACCACGACAGGUUUCAGCACGUUACGCUAUUCCGACCAUUUGGACCACUGAUGAAGGUGAAAAGAGAAGCAAUUGAUACUUCAGAGCAAAUUAUCAACAUUAUUGUCCCAUUGUCUCAACGGACAGAGGCAUUCUCCCAGUUUAUUCAGAAUUUCAGGGAUGUCUGUAUCCAACAAGAUCGAAGGAUUCACCUCACAGUAGUCUAUUUUGGCCAAAGUGGGUUGUCAGAAGUCAGAACCAUCUUGGAGGCAGUGGCCAGUGAAACACAUUUCCAUAAUUAUACAUUACUUUCACUGGACGAGGAGUUUUCUCGUGGACGAGGCCUUGAUAUGGGUGCUCGAAACUGGGACAAGGGUGAAGUGCUGAUGUUUUUCUGUGAUGUAGAUAUUUAUUUCACUUUGGAGUUCCUCAACAGCUGUCGGCUAAACACUGAACCCGGAAGAAAAGUGUUUUAUCCAGUGGUGUUUAGUCUCUACAACCCUGCCAUUGUGUACGCUAACCAGGAUGUACCUCCGUCCAUAGAACAGCAGUUGAUUCAUAAGAAAGACUCUGGUUUUUGGCGUGAUUUUGGCUUUGGAAUGACGUGCCAGUACCGCAGCGACUUUCUGGCAAUAGGUGGCUUUGACCUCGAUGUAAAGGGUUGGGGAGGAGAAGAUGUUCACCUUUACAGGAAGUACUUGCACAGUGACCUCAUGGUGAUCCGGACACCAGUGCCUAGCCUGUUCCACCUCUGGCACGAGAAGCAGUGUGCAGACGAGCUAACUCCUGAACAAUACCGCAUGUGCAUCCAGUCAAAAGCCAUGAACGAGGCCUCUCACUCCUAUCUUGGGAUGCUGGUCUUCAGGGAAGAGAUUGAAGCCCACCUCCGUAAGCAGGCAUUUAGGACUACUGGUGAACCAGGAGAGUAAGGGGACAAAAAAGCAUUCUGUAAUUCAAGUUCUGAAGCAUCUGAAGGGUGUCAUGUGACAUGUGCAGUCCUGUCUGCAGCUGCUGCAGUGUUAGUGACUUGGAAACGGUCCUUAACUCGGCAGGCAGUUUGCAUAAAGAUUUGUUGCAUCUCACUCCACUUUGAUCAGCUGACUGUGUAGCAGGACAUCAUUACGUGUGGGUGAAAGAAAAACAAGUAGGAAUAUGCCAGAAGAAUUGUUAAGCUUGCUGAGGAGAUUCCUACAUGAAAGGAACAUAUUUGAGAGAGAAGACAUUCCAUAAGAAUUUUUUAUAUGUAAUGUUUUGCAUAAAGACUUGAAUGAAAAUAGGUUUUGCCAUUUACGGUAUUAAACUCCACUAAGAUUUCCUUAUGGAAUGAAAAGCUCAGUUUCAGACACCAGUGCAACAUUUGGCUUUUUCUAGCAUUCUUGUCAAAUACAGUACAUUGAAUAACAAAAUUUUAGCCUAAUUAACAGAGAAACUUCUGUGCUCUCACCUUGUAGUGAGUGCUGAAAGUACAUGUCUGUAAGAUUUUGACACAGAGCUCCUUUUCACAGAAUCAGUACAAUCCUUAUUCCUGUUGACAUUAUGGUGCUUCUGAGAGCCUUGCUGCUUGGAAAUUAAUUUUUUGUAUUUUUAUUAUUUUCUUAUCCUUGUCUAUUUUAAUGUGUCUAAAAAGGAAGGAUUGUAAUAGGAUGAAGCUUCCCAUAUGUUCCCAUGAUUGAUACUAUGAGGCUACCUGGAAAUCUGUGGCAUCCCUCAUCAGUCCUUAUCUGUUAUUGUUGAUUUAGUGUAUGUUGCAGCAGUAGGACACAGAUGGAGUCUACAGUAAGGAUAGAUACAUAAAUGGUGCAGGUUUUUAGUAAUGUCUUUUGGCUUUUCCCGGUUAGGGGUCGCCACAGAACUCUGGUCUGCUAAUGAUUGGCAGUGGAUUUUUUAUGGUGCCGAGUUGCCAGCCCGACGCUCAACCUUCAAAUUUAAUGAUGGUCUUCACAGAUGGUAUUUAUUUUAUAUACAAAAUCUGAAACUGUGGGCAACAUAAGUGUGGGGUGGGGUGUAGGAAGUGACAGAGGUUUUAUCAAGAACCUGCUGUCUGAAUUUGCAGAUCACCAAAGUUUCCUGAGUUAAGUAUGCAUCUGUUGAAUAUUCAUAGGCUAAGCUAUGAACAUUAAAGCUGGUUUUAUGGUAAAUUCUGUAUAUCUCAGACUUUGUUCAUAUGCUCCAUAAGAAAAACUUAGAGAAAAUAAUUUGCACUGGGAUUUUUUUUUUUUUUUUAUUUUAACUAUUUAAGCCCAUUGGGUUCAAAUACCUCUUUUCCAUGGGUGACUCAGAACUGCAGUUCUAUUAAAUGACUUGCACAAGGUCACAUAAUAUAAACUUGAGGCUGAAAGAACCAAACCUAGGACUACAGGAUAAUGCUAGUUUUCAGUUGAUAUCAUUUUACUCUCUGUGCUCUACUGCUAUGGCACUGACAUUUCGUAUAGUGCCAAUUUUUUUCAAAUGGUGUGAUGAUCCAAAUCCAGAGCUAAAUUGGAUUCUGAAGACAAGUUGGAUUCCGAAUUUGAAAUUCUAAAACUGACAUCUGUAACAUAAAGAGGAGCAUAUAAUACAUAAAGGAAGCACACAAUUUCUGAGGGUUCACAGUUCUGAAAUUACCAUUUCGUGUUUUUAUAGAAAUUUGUACUUUCGCAGCAUCCAAACUGUCCUCCCUUUGUAAUUCUGGAAUUAUAGCAGAUUCUAUAUGGGGUCUUUCUUCCUUGAUAGCAUUGUCAUUCCUCAGUGCCUUUCUUGACUUUUUGAUUUAAACAACCAUUAGAAAACGUUGUUGUAAUAUGAGGAUGAUGUAUGCUACUCCCGCCUUGUUUACUGUACUAGUUCACAGACUUUCUGAAUAAUAUAUUCCUUCGUCUUUUGUAGUCAUGAUGACUGAGAAGGAGAUGGAAUUGUGCCAGGCUGUCAAGAAUAAACAUUAUAGUCACAAACAACUUCCAUGUAAUGUUGAAUUUUCUGAUUUUAAAUUAGGUUUCAAAGUUCAGGAUUAGCUGUAAGGAAUCCAUUUAUAAGUGAAUAUCUCUGAUCUUUUAACUUUCAUUACAAAAGGAAGAAAGAGCGAGUGAAACCUCUUUGAUUUUUGAAGGACUUGUUUCCAAAAUUCAAUGUAACUGGUACCUGUAUGUAGCUGAAGUCCAUGAACUGAAAUACAAAGAAUGUUACAGUGAUGAAAACGCAUGCAUAUUAUUGUGAUUUUCUGUAUUGUAUGGUUUAUUUUGAUUUUAAAUAAUUGGAAUGUACUUGAGUUAAUUAAAUUACCAUUACACAGA